CACACACACACUUGUAUGUUUUCUUGUUUUCUUCUUCCUCUUUAUACUGUGCUAAUCAAAAUUGCAACUGUUAAAUACAUAGUCUAGCUGUAGCUUUUUGGUUGAAUGUAACCAUUUCUUUCAGAGGUAACAGAAAGGUUAUCACAUGAUAAAAAAAUUAUAUUUCAAGUGAGGAUAUCUUAUCUCUUUGUCAGCAUUCAGCAACUUAGUACAAAAUGCUUCCAAGGAGAAUGGAUGUCGACUAUGGCAAGUGUUGGGACACUUCAAAGAAGUCUUGGAAGAGUACAUUGAUUCUGGCAUACCAAAGUCUUGGGGUAGUGUAUGGGGAUCUCAGUAUUUCCCCUCUUUAUGUCUACAAGAGCACAUUUGCAGAAGACAUUCAUCAUUCAGAGACCAAUGAAGAGAUUUUUGGCGUUCUUUCAUUUGUUUUUUGGACUUUAACACUAGUUCCUUUAUUCAAAUAUGUCUUUAUCGUACUUCGAGCUGAUGACAAUGGAGAGGGUGGUACUUUUGCUCUCUAUUCCUUAAUAUGCAGGCAUGCCAAAGUAAGCCUUCUUCCUAACAGACAAGUUUCGGAUGAAGCUCUUUCUACCUACAAACUUGAGCACCCUCCCGAAACGAAGAACAGCUCGAGGGUGAAAUUGCUUCUUGAGAAGCACAAAUCCUUGCACACUGCUUUGCUAAUCUUAGUGCUUCUUGGAACUUGUAUGGUGAUUGGAGAUGGGCUGCUUACUCCAGUCAUAUCUGUUUUCUCUGCGGUUUCUGGCCUUGAGUUAUCAAUGUCUCGGGAUCACCAUCAAUAUGCAGUGAUUCCAAUAACUUGCUUCAUAUUAGUCUGCCUAUUCGCAUUACAACAUUAUGGCACACAUCGAGUUGGUUUUGUUUUUGCACCCAUUGUGAUGACCUGGUUACUCUGCAUUAGUGCUCUUGGGUUGUACAACAUUAUCCACUGGAAUCCGCAAGUUUAUAAAGCUCUUUCCCCCUAUUACAUGGUAAAAUUCCUAAAGAAAACAAGAAAAGGAGGAUGGAUGUCUUUGGGGGGAAUUCUGCUGUGCAUAACUGGUUCCGAAGCAAUGUUUGCUGAUCUUGGGCACUUCUCCUAUGCUGCAAUUCAAAUUGCAUUCACCUUUCUGGUUUAUCCAGCUCUAAUUUUGGCAUAUAUGGGUCAAGCAGCUUUCUUAUCAAGGCAUCACCACACCAUUCACAAGAUCGGUUUCUAUGUAUCAGUUCCAGAUUGCGUGAGAUGGCCAGUUUUAGUAAUAGCAAUUCUGGCUUCUGUUGUGGGAAGUCAGGCAAUCAUCAGCGGGACAUUCUCAAUUAUCAACCAGAGUCAAUCCCUUGGUUGCUUCCCAAGAGUAAAGGUUGUUCACACCAAUGCCAAGAUGCAUGGCCAGAUAUACAUUCCCGAGAUCAAUUGGAUACUCAUGAUUCUUUGUGUUGCUGUGACUAUUGGAUUCAGAGACACAAAGCACAUGGGAAAUGCUUCAGGACUAGCAGUGAUGGCGGUGAUGCUGGUGACCACUUGCCUUACUUCAUUAGUUAUCAUCCUCUGCUGGAACAAGCCUCCAAUCCUGGCCCUUGGAUUUCUCCUUCUGUUUGGGUCUAUUGAGUUACUCUACUUCUCAGCCUCUGUCAUUAAGUUUCUUGAGGGCGCUUGGCUUCCAAUCCUGCUUGCACUGUUUUUGGUUACUGUCAUGUUUGUUUGGCACUACGCCACAGUUAAAAAGUACGAAUAUGAUCUCCACAAUAAGGUUUCAUUAGAAUGGCUGCUGGCACUAGGUCCAAGCUUGGGCAUUGCUCGAGUCCCUGGCAUCGGCCUCGUCUUCACUGAUUUGACUUCUGGGAUUCCUGCCAACUUCUCACGUUUUGUUACCAACCUCCCAGCCUACCACCGGAUACUUGUUUUCGUCUGUGUGAAAUCCGUGCCUGUCCCUUUUGUGCCCCCAGCUGAGAGAUACCUCGUAGGCCGUGUUGGUCCUGCAGCUCAUCGUUCCUAUAGAUGCAUUGUCCGUUAUGGUUACCGUGACGUUCACCAGGAUGUCGACUCCUUUGAAUCUGAACUUGUCAGUAGGCUGGCUGAUUUCAUCCGGUAUGAUUGGUACAAGGUCAAUGGAAUCAUCGACAUGUGCAACGAGGAUGACAGCUCACGGUCCGGUGCAUCAUCCGGAGAAUGCAGACUGACCGUUAUAGGAACUCUAGAUUUGUCAGGUACACCAGCUUUUGAGCUGGAGGAAAAUGUGCAACCUGCAAGCGUGUCUGUCGGGUUCCCUACCGUUGAAAGUGUGACGGAUGUGAUAGAGAUGCAACCUGUGGAAAGAAGAGUGAGAUUCGCCAUAGAUAACGAGUCGGAAGUGGAUUCACGAGGCGGAAUGGAUGCUCAGCUGCAGGAGGAGCUAGAAGAUUUGUAUGCAGCACAACAAGCGGGGACAGCAUUUGUAUUAGGACAUUCACAUGUGAAAGCAAAACAAGGAUCAUCAGUGUUGAAGAGAUUGGCUAUCAAUUAUGGUUAUAAUUUCCUAAGGAGGAACUGCAGGGGUGCAGAUGUGUCCCUAAAGGUUCCUCCAGCAUCCCUUCUUGAAGUUGGCAUGGUCUACAUUGUGUAAGUUUGUAAUAGCAUCUCACUUUACUCCUGUAGCUUUGUAUCUUAUUAGGAUGUUCUUAUUUAGUAAGGUAAACGUAAUUAUGCAGAUUACUGAAGUUAAUCAUUUUGAUCUCUUAUCUAUUUAAAUUUUGAUG